AUGGCGUUUCCCCCACGUUCCUACAGGUCCUUUGCGGCGGCUCUGCGUCAGGAGGAGGCCUUGGAGCUGCGACUGAGGGCCGACACCCAGCAAGCGCAAGCGGAGUCUGCAGCGCUCCGCGACUCCAUCUACUUAGAGGCACUGCAGCAGCGCGCUGCAGAGGAGAGCGCUGCAGCUUUGGCCCUCGAGCUUCAUGGGGCCAAGACUCAGGCUUCUGAAGUUUGGCAAGAGUACGAAGCGCCCCUUGCCGGGGAAGCUGCAGCGAUGGCAACCCUGCGGAUGCAAACGCAGGAAUUGCGAGAGAAGAAUACCAGACAUGUUGCCGCAGAGCAUCGACUGAGGGAACAGCUUCAAUCGCUGUUAUCAGAAGUCACGGACCUAUGCCAGCAUUCUGAGGCUCACGAAGAGCAUCACGAUGACCUGCAUCGCAAGGUCGGCGACACCUCCGACCUACUUCAGCGCAUGCAGCAGGAGCAUUCUGAGCAAGAGGUCGCCUUGUCCCACGCACAAACGGGCGCUUCGCGGCAUCAGGAAGACCUCCGCAAACUCGAGCGGAUUGCUUCAGCGCACCAGGGUCGGGUCCACGCGGCCAACGUGGAGAUGGCGCAGCUUGCAUCCAAGCUUGAGGAACUGCAGCUACCCACAGAAAACUUCUCGGAGGUCGGGCGGCUGCAGCAUGAGCUGCACUCGAGGGAAGAAGAGCUCGAGGUCCAGGAGUCUGCAGCUGGGCUCAAGGAACUGAAUUCGCCAGGAUUGCAUGAUUGCUUUUGCAAUUCAUUGCUGCACCCAAUGGUUUUCCGCAGAGGUCUGGCCAUGGAAAAAACCGAAGAAGCGCAGAGAUAUCCAACCCCUGGAAUAAUCUAUGACAAGGGCUCCCAGCUGUACUUGCAAGAUCCAGCAUACUGGAAUUACUGGGAUCGUCCCAUCAAGCCAGGCUAUCCUGCAGAUGACUUCUUGGAAAGCAAUGUAACAUCUCCGCCAAGCGUGUGGUGGGAACAACGCAGGCUAUGGCGCAACAAAUGGAAGCAGCUCGGCACCGGAGACGAGGGAAUGGCAACUUUCCCGUAUGACGGUCGACCGCCUCCGGGCUGGAACGGGCGAUGCGUCAGGGAGCCCGGGCUUCUGAAUGCAGACUGGGGGCGCCCAAAGCUGUGGUGGGAAUGGCUCGAAAAACCGGCGAACAGUGUUUUGGGGGAUUGGAAAAGUGGUCUGAAGGCGGCAGCCAAAUCCAUGGUUGGUGACUUCGUCGGAAGCUUUUUUGACGAUGAGAAGUGCACGUUGCCAAUCAAGCUCGACUCUCCCAUUUCCGAGUACUGGAAAGAGGCAGGUCAAGCUGGCUUCGACUUGGAAAGUCCUCAAGCGCCGUGGCCCCGACGAGGAACUUUCCGCAGAAAGAAAGCCGAUCAAAAGGUGUAUGCUACCUGGGACCAAGAGAAAUGGGUGGACGAACAUACGCUUCGACGUCCUACCAUAAAAGGUUUUCCGAAAGCCUUAACACCUGCUGGACUGGAGCGGGCUACGCCACGCUUUGAAGACAGGUUCGAGGAAGACGAGCCCGCAACAUUGGACCCACGGCUGCCGCGCCCUGCAAGCCUACCUGAUCUGAACGAGUACGUGGAGAGCCAGCGGGAAGAGAUGUUCGAAGAAGCGAGAAUGAAGGCCUUCGAUGGCAACUCUGGGGCGUUGGGUUCCAUAGCAGACACGCUGUCAAAAUCGCGCAACGACGAGAUCCUGGCCUUGAGAGGUUACAAGCGUUUGAUGAAGGCGGAGCCCGAGUGGCUCGACAAGUUCCUCGAAGGUGAUGUCGAGAAGGAGGAUGCCCCAGUUGGAGAGGGAGUGGAUGAGAAGACUUUCGAGAUGGUGAAGGAGCCGAAGCAUCCGGUGUGGGAGCCCACGCCGCCUCCGUGGCACCCCGGCGACAUUCUGAAGAAGAUUCCGAAUUUCGAAAAGAUCUGGAAUGAGCGCAUGAAACAAGCUCUGGGAGCUGCUGCGAAUUUCAGUCGCUUUUCUGGCCGAGCUGCUCGCGAAGCGCAAGACGACUUGGACCACCAGUGGCAAGAUCUCAGCCAGCCACCAGACAACUCGACGAGAGGUCUCUUGAAGAGGGCUGAGGCUGAAGCAGAAGCUGAGCGAGCUGCCGAUCCACCCAUUGUGACGGCGGCGGACGAAGCCGAGGUCAGGAUGAAUGCAAUGGCAAGCGCCAAUGUGGCUGACACAGAGGGCGCAGCAGACGAUCCGAGCGAGGAGCUCGCUGCUGUGACUGCUUCCCCCUCGAAGGGGGCCAACACCGAGAUUCCGGAGGCGCAGAAGGUGGAUGCCAAGGAGGCCAGCCUUCCAACCCGCACCGCUGGCGUCACCAACGAUGGUACGACGCCUGGCUACGGCAAAUCUUCCGUGAGAAGAAGAGGCAGCGCUGCCUCGUCAAAGAAAGACUACAACGCUUUGUCCAGCGAGGAAGCCUAUACAUCAAUCAACGGCGAAGCGAAGGUGGACCCUGUGACGAUGAAGGCCAGUUCGGCAGCUGCCGAGAUGCUUUUCGCCACGGGACUUCUGAUAGAGCCAAGAAAAGCUUGGUCGGGGAACGGUGCUGUGAGCUCGUUUCUGUGA